UCGUUUCCUCCGGUGGGAUCAGUCGUGGGACCGGGGAUCUGCACUUGUUGCCACGUCGGACGCACCGGGCGGUGAAGCUCAGCUCGUCUCGUUCAGGACUCAACACACUGGUGUUCGGUGUUUCCUGCGCAGACAUGGUUUCUGUCAUCAACACGGUGGACACGUCGCACGAGGACAUGAUCCACGAUGCCCAGAUGGAUUACUACGGCACUCGACUGGCCACCUGUUCGUCUGAUCGCACCGUGAAGAUCUUCGAUGUCAGAAACGGAGGUCAGAUACUGGUGGCAGACCUCAGAGGCCACGAGGGUCCCGUGUGGCAGGUAGCGUGGGCUCACCCGAUGUUUGGCAACAUCCUGGCGUCCUGUUCCUACGACCGCAAAGUCAUCGUCUGGAAGGAGGAGAACGGAGCCUGGGACAAGAUGUACGAAUACACCGGACAUGAGUCAUCAGUGAACUCUGUCUGCUGGGGUCCCUAUGAAUUCGGUCUUAUCUUGGCCUGCGGCAGCUCAGACGGAGCCAUUUCCCUCCUCACAUUUACUGGAGAUCAGCAGUGGGACGUCAAGAAGAUCAGCAACGCACACACUAUCGGCUGUAACGCAGUGAGCUGGGCUCCUGCUGUGGUUCCAGGCAGCCUCAUCGAUCAGCCGUCAGGACAGAAACCAAACUACGUCAAACGCUUUGUCUCCGGAGGCUGCGACAACCUGGUCAAACUCUGGAAAGAGGAGGACGGUCAGUGGAAGGAGGACCAGAAGCUGGAGGCCCACAGCGAUUGGGUGAGAGACGUGGGCUGGGCUCCAUCUAUUGGACUUCCCACCAGCACCAUCGCAAGUUGUUCCCAGGACGGACGCGUGUUCAUCUGGACCUGUGACGACCCGGCAGGAAACACCUGGACGACCAAACUGCUCCAUAAGUUCAACGAUGUGGUCUGGCACGUCAGCUGGUCCAUCACUGGGAACAUCCUGGCUGUUUCUGGAGGAGACAACAAGGUGACGUUGUGGAAGGAGUCGAUGGACGGUCAGUGGGCCUGUAUCAGCGACGUCAGCAAGGGGCAGGGCGCCGUCUCCACCAUCACAGACACACAACAGAACGAGCAGUGACACACACACACAACAACAACAGUAAUCAACAUGUCAGACAUUUAAACAAACAACAAAACGUCCACAGCCAUUGAGCGAAGUUUUUAAGGCUUCAGAAUGAGCUGGAUGCCUUUUUGCCCGUUUCUAAACUUUAUCAGAAAGAAGAGAAACCACCGUUGAACCAAUGUUUGUUUGUUUCUUUUCCUUUUGAUGAUGUUUUGGAUGACUGAUGAUAAUUACCUGAAGAUUUGUAUCAGAUGCACAUUACUUUAAAAUCCAUUCUACCCCCGCCCGCCUUCUCAUCCCACGAUGCUCUGCUCCUGAAACAUUCCACCUCCAUCGGCGGAGAACAAAAACCACCGAGAGGAUCCCAGCAUCCUCGGCAGCAGCUGUCCAUCGACUUUCAUUAUGUGUGUUUGCCAUUUAAUCCACACCCAGAAAACAACCAAAUCUUUGCUCUGCUGUUCAACUGUAAAAUGUAUUUGGUGAAAAACCAGAUUCACUUCUGAGGCUGAAAACAGAUUCUCACGUUCACACAGUGAGACAAUUCUGCCUGGUUUCUACGUGAGAAAAACUCAAACCUAAACUCCAGAGAAUAAAUAAAAUCAAUUAUCAAGUGAACUGUUGACGAGUUCAGAUUCUUUUCAUCACGUGCCAGAGGUUGAUUGACAGGAAUCAGGUCGUCAACAGGUGUUCAAGUAAAACAAGUUCCGCCUUAAUUCCUCAGCCACGACACUGCUACGGCAACCAUACCUGAAUACAUCAACAUGUUGCCAUGACGACCACGAAUGGAACUUUUUUUUCUUUCAUUUUUGAAAUCAGAAACCAGUGAUGUUUUUUUGGCUUCAUAUUUGAUGUAAUUAAAUAACUUUAAUGUUAAAA